CCCACCUCUAAUCUGCGGCCACCGCUUCCCUUGGGUUGUAUAUUUUAAUUUGUUUAACUAAUUUUAGUCCAGUACGCAAAAGAACGCGGCAGCGGUUUUAGCAACUCUAGCACAAUUACCAUAAAUAGCGCACAAAAUGGCCGAGGUUGAAGCCGUGCAGAUUAUUGCCGAGUCGCUGAAGCAACAGGGUGUGGAGUAUGUCUUUGGCAUCAUUGGCAUCCCAGUUAUCGAACUGUCCAUGGCCUUCCAGGUGGCCGGACUGAAGUACAUCGGAAUGCGCAACGAACAGGCUGCCUGUUAUGCCGCCCAGGCCAUUGGCUAUUUGACUGGCAAGCCCGGUGUCUGUUUGGUGGUUUCCGGACCCGGACUGCUCCAUGUUACAGGUGGCAUGGCCAAUGCCCAGGUCAACUGCUGGCCUCUGAUUGUCAUUGGAGGAGCAACCAACCAGGACCACGAAGGCAUCGGCGGCUUCCAGGAGUGCCCACAGGUGGAGCUCUCGCGUCCCUACUGCAAGUACGCUGCACGCCCGCCAACCGCUGCCCUCAUCCCUCUGCACGUGGAAAAGGCUGUGCGGUAUGCCACCUAUGGACGUCCAGGAGUGGCCUAUCUGGAUUUCCCCGGAAACAUCUUGCAGUCGAAGGCGCUCGAGGAGCGGAUCUACAAGGCCCCUGCUCACCCAGCUCCCCCGCUGGCCUACCCUCCCCAUGACGACGUCAUCCGGGCUGCCAGGCUCCUGCGGCAGGCCAAGCGACCGCUGGUGAUUAUUGGCAAGGGAUCCGCCUAUGCUCACGCCGAGAACACGCUGCGCCACUUCAUUGAGAACACAAAUCUGCCCUUCCUGCCAACCCCGAUGGGCAAGGGUGUUGUCUCCGAUACCGCGCCCCAGUGUGUCUCCUCGGCCCGAACUCUGGCUCUUCAGAAGGCGGAUGUGGUGCUGCUUUUGGGCGCCCGCCUCAACUGGAUCCUUCACUUUGGCAAACCUCCUCGCUACGAUAAGGAUGUCAAGUUCAUCCAGGUGGACAUUAAUCCUGAGGAGUUGCACAACUCCGUGGUGGCCUCGGUCGCCAUCCAGGCCGACAUUCGUCCCUUCGCCGAGCAGUUGUUCGAGCAGAUGAAUGCCGUGAACUUCCGGUUCGGCUACGAGCAGGACUGGUGGAAGCAGCUGGCCGCCAAGUGCAAGCACAACCGCGACACUGUCCAGCAGAUGUCCCUGAAUACCCAGACGCCGCUUAACUACUACGCCGUCUUCCAUCACUUGCGCGAGCUGUUGCCCAAGGACACCAUCAUCGUCAGCGAGGGAGCCAACACCAUGGACAUUGGUCGCUCCAUGUUGUUGAACGAGCAGCCACGGCAUCGCUUGGACGCUGGUACCUUCGGAACGAUGGGUGUUGGCCCAGGAUUCGCGGUGGCCGCCGCUCUGUUCUGCCGAGACUUUGCUCCCGGCAAGCGAGUUCUGUGCGUGGAGGGCGACAGUGCCUUUGGAUUCUCCGGCAUGGAGAUCGAGACCAUGGUGCGCUACAAGCUCCCCGUGACCAUUGUGAUCGUGAACAACAACGGAAUUUACGGUGGCUUCGACAAGGACACCUUCGAGGCCAUUCGCAGUGAGGGCGAUCUGACCCAAAUCACGCCACCCUCGGCGUUGGGCGUUCAGGUACGCUACGAGGAGAUGAUGAAAAUGUUCGGCAUGCAGGGCUACUUCUGUACCGAAAUCGAGCAGCUGCAGGCGGCUGUGAAGGCGGCCAACCAGCUCACCGACAGGCCGACCAUCAUUAACGUGGCCAUCAGCCCGUCCUCGGACCGGAAGCCACAGUCCUUCAACUGGCUCACCGAGUCUAAACUGUAGGAUACAAAUAGCCGAUUAGAUCUUAAGCACAAUGUUCACCAUUCCGAAAAGUUAUAUUGCCACGAAUUUUUCUGUAUAUACAUGCAAUUUUUGAUAA